AUGAAGGUGUCCAACUUUGUGUCUUGAUUAUGUUUUGGCAGUCACCCCUGGGAAACGGUAACGACGGCUGCCAUGCAGAAAUACCCGAACCCCAUGAACCCCAGUGUGGUUGGAGUCGAUGUCCUGGACAGACACAUAGACCCUAGUGGGAAGUUGCACAGCCACAGACUCCUCAGUACGGAAUGGGGAAUACCCUCCAUUGUGAAAUCCCUCAUUGGCACAUGUAGAACAAAGACAUAUAUUCAGGAGCACUCUGUUGUUGACCCAGUGAAAAAAACAAUGGAGCUUAAAUCCAGUAAUAUUUCAUUUACAAACCUAGUGUCAGUAGAUGAGAGGCUUGUCUAUAAACCACACCCUCAUGAACCAGACAAAACCAUUUUGACACAAGAAGCAAUAAUAUCUGUAAAAGGUGUCAGUCUCAGCAGUUAUCUAGAAGGGCUAAUGGCAAACACAAUUUCAUCCAAUGCUAACAAAGGCCGUGAAGCAUUGGAAUGGGUAAUUAAUAGACUGAAUGCUGAAAUUGAAGAGCUCACAGCUUCAGAGAGGAACCAUGAGGAAUUCAAUGGCAGCAGCAGCAUUUGUAGAGAAAUGAUAGUAAAUAUACCUGUAUUACUAAUGAGGUUUAACAAUCUGAAGCUUCUCUCCAAACCUAAAUACAUGGAUCCUUUGUUAUUUAAAGGUGUACCUGUAUAUUAGGUGUGUUUCAAAUUUAAUUUGGAGAAAAGCUGAAUUCUUAUUAAUGAGGCUGAUGUGCAAAUAUCAUAUAUUAAUGAUAUGUUAAUAUAUUGAUUCAGCUGGACCUAAUUUUGGUUACAGAUGAAGAAAUAAUUUUAAAGUAUAGUUCCUGUAUUUACACGAACACUAACUUAUUAUUUUUUCAGAUAUG